AUGACCAUUGUUCACCAAAUGCAAUAUGAAAUGAAUGAUUGUCAGAAAAUUUUCAACUUUAAGCACUUAACUUUCCUUUUUAUUCAGGUUGGAAUAAUAACAACAUUUGCAAUCCUGGUACAUGAAAUCCCUCAUGAAGUUGGGGAUUUUGCCAUAUUACUGCGUUCUGGUUUUGACAGGUGGAAAGCUGCAAAAGCACAGAUCUUAACAGCCUCAGGUGGACUUCUGGGUACUAUAACAGCAUUGAGUGCUGAUUCCAUUGAAGAAGCAGGUAUGAAAACAGCUUGGAUUCUACCGUUUACCUCUGGAGGCUUUAUUUAUAUUGCUCUUGUGUCCAUUGUUCCAGAACUUGUUGAAGAAACAGAACCAAAGCAGUCAGUGAAACAAAUAAUUUGCAUCAUUGCAGGCAUUGCUUGUAUGCUUCUGGUAACAUUAAUCUUUGAAUAAGCACUACCAUUUCAACCUACAUUGGCAUCUCCUGUCUUUCAAGUUUCCAUCCAUUCAUGUUCCAAAGAUGCUUUACUAUGCAGAAGACUGCAUUUACUUUCGGUAAUAUCUAUUGGAAGGCAUCUACAGAAAAACCACCAUAUCUAUUCUUCCAAAAUGAAAGAAAUAAAAGAUUGAAGCUACAUUAAUAUAUAUACAUAUAUAUAUAUACAAAUAUAUAUAUAUAUAUAUAUAUAAAUCCAUAUAUGUAUAUCAAAAUAUAUAUUUUCAUAUAUAUAUUUAUAUAUAUAAUUGCAUAUUUUGUUUCAAAUGACAAAAUAUUAAGCAUUACGAAAAAGAAUAUUAUUUUUGUUGAAAAAAAUACUUUUAGUCCAUUGAAAUUUAAAAAACCAGCAAAUGAGCUGUCUUUAUCUGUUUCAUAUGUCACAUAUGAGCAACGUGAAUCCUAAAUAUCCAAAAAUAUGUACAUAAUAAUUGUAUAUGGUCCAAAUAUUUAUCUAUU